CUCAACUAAUUCGAACACUUCACAACUCUUACCACUCAAAUUCAUCCUCUGUGUGUGUAUAUAUAUACAUAUAUAUAUAUACAUACCUUGCUCUGAGAGAUACAAAGCAGCCAUGGAGGCCAAGCACUUCCGGCGGUGCAUCAUCUUCAUCCUCACCGUUCUCCUAGUCACGCUUUUCACAAUCUACAACUUCCCCACCCCUCUCCCCGACAAGCUCGAUCACCUCGUCCAGUGCGCCGGCAACUCCGCCUGGUGCACCUCCAAGAACCGCUUCCUCCGCCGCCCGCCGCCCCUCUCCCAUGACCACACCAAAGACGUCCCCCACCACCCCCUGGAUCCGCUCACCAUCCGCGAGAUGAACAAAGUGCAGAAGCUCAUCAAAUCCUUCUUUUCCAAAUCGGGAGCAGGCUAUGCUUAUUCCGUCCACUCGCUGGUCCUGGAGGAGCCCGACAAGCAGGUGGUUCUCAAUUGGAAUAAGGGCUCACCCCUCCCGCCGCGAAAGGCGUCCGUGAUUGCACGUGCCUCCGGCAAGAACUACCUGCUGACGGUGGACUUGGACAGCGGCGCGGUGGCGGAGCACGACACCAGCCACAUCUCCGGCUUCCCUCUGGUGACGAUGGAGGAUAUGCAGAAAGUGGUGUACGCUCCACUCUCUAGCGCCGAUUUCAACCGCUCGAUCCUCAAAAGAGGCGUCGAUCCUAGCGAUGUUGCCUGCUUGCCUUUCUCCCCUGGAUGGUUCGGCAAGGCUGAGGAGGGAAGACGAUUGGUGAAGCUGGAAUGCUUCUACAUGAAAGACACUGCAAACUUCUACAUGCGACCUAUCGAAGGGAUAAUUGUGGUGACAGAUUUGGACACCACUGAAGUGAUCGAAUUGAUAGACAGAAGCAAACACACCCCCAUCCCCAUCCCCGAUGGCAAAGGCUCCGAUUACCGCUUAUCCGCUCAAAACGGCGACGUUUUCCGCCUCCCCAACCCGGUCUCCAUGGAGCAGCCCAACGGCCCCAACUUCGUGAUCCAGGACGAGCAUUUGGUGAAAUGGGCGAAUUGGGAGUUCCACCUCAAGCCCGAUCCCCGAGCCGGCGUGAUCAUCUCCCGAGCCAGGGUGCGCGACUCCGAGACCGGUGCAAUGAGGAAUGUCAUGUAUCAGGGGUUCUCUUCCGAGCUUUUCGUGCCGUACAUGGACCCUGAAGAGGCUUGGUACUUCAAGACAUACAUGGAUGCCGGGGAAUACGGGUUCGGGCUCCAGGCCCUCCCCCUCGAUCCCCUGAAUGAUUGUCCCCGCAAUGCUAAAUAUAUGGAUGCAGUUUUCGCAGCUGCUAAUGGCACGCCGUAUGUUAAGUCGAACAUGAUUUGUAUAUUCGAGCGAUACGCUGGCGACGCUGCCUGGAGACAUACUGAGGGACCUCUUACAGGCAACAUGUUCCUAGAGGCGCGGCCGAAGAUUUCGUUAGUUGCAAGAAUGGUUGCAACCCUUGCCAACUAUGACUACAUCGUGGAUUGGGAGUUUCACGCCGAUGGGCUUAUCCAUGUCAAGGUUACGCUCACGGGCAUGGUGAUCGUGAAGGGGACAUCGUACAUUAACAUGAACCAAGUGAACGAAAACGAGGACCUUUAUGGAACUCUCUUGGCAGACAACAUAAUCGGAGUCAUCCAUGACCACUACAUCAAUUUCUACCUCGACAUGGACAUCGAUGGCGAGGACAAUUCCUUUGUCAAUGUACAUCUCCAAAGGGCAUAUACGCACGGAAAAUCCCCGAGAAAGAGCUACAUGAAAGUUAACAAGACUGUUGCCAAGACGGAGAAAGAAGCGCAGAUCAAGCUCAAGCUAUACGACCCGUCUGAAUUCCACGUCGUCAAUCCGAGCAAGAGGACUAAAGUGGGCAACCCUGUCGGGUACAAGGUUGUUCCUUCGGGCAAUGCUGCUAGCCUGCUCGAUCCUGAGGAUUCCCCACAGAAGAGAAGUUCGUUUACCAACAACCAAAUUUGGGUGACUCCUUACAACAGGUCGGAGCUAUGGUCGGGCGGGCUCUUCGCUUACCAGAGCCACGGCGAAGACACGCUUCAAGUGUGGUCCGACAGGGAUCGGGCGAUCGAGAACAGAGACAUUGUGGUAUGGUACACGUUGGGUUUCCAUCACGUGCCGUGCCAGGAGGACUACCCGAUCAUGCCGACCGUGUCGUCUGGAUUUGACCUGAAGCCGGUGAAUUUCUUCGAAAGAAACCCCGUGCUGAAGAUCGCUCCAUAUCAGGAAAGUGAACUCCCUGUUUGUAAAGCUACUGUAUCGGCUUGAUCGCCUGGCGCCGGGCUUAGCUUGUGCCUGGAAUUAACUCAAAUCGAUCCACAGCGCCGAGUCGAGCAGAGAUUAGCCAUGACUAUACAUUCUAAAAUUGAAGAAAUAGAAGGAUAGUAGGUUCGGUCGAAGCUUAUACCGUGCACAAUUUCUGGUAGCGGCUGCGACGGCUAUACAAGAAAAAAUUAAAGAAACGGAGAUGCAAGUGUUUAGAUAUGUUUCUUGAUAGAUAUAUAUAUAUAUAUAUGUCCAUGUCUGGACUGUAAUUUUCUUCAGCUUUAGAUUUGUGGUUAUAGCUUUUUGAUGGGAACGAACAGAUUUUAAUCAAAUAGUGAUCACUUUCGCAUUGAA